GUUUCUGUACCAUUAACAUUCAGUAAUUCCCAGCCAUAUUUUCCUUCUUCUUCCUCUUCUUCUUCUUAUUUUUUUUUUUUUGGAGACAGUUAAUUGUACUUGAAAAUCCAUUCAAAUAGCUUCUUAUUGUAUCCACUAAAAGAAUUUUGACACAUGUAUUCAACAAAUGUUCCCACUCAGUAGUUUGUCAUAAACAGUUAGAAAAAAAUAAAUGAAUACAAAGAAAUGGCUUGGGAUCGGGAAAUCUCAACUAUUGAAGAAGGAAGCAACACCGUUUAUACCCCAAGAAGUACAAAUGAGAAGGCCACAUUUUGUACUUCAGCAGAAGUGGUUUUAAUCAUUCAAAAGGUGAUUGCAGAAGCAAUUGGGACAUACUUCUUGAUCUUUGUAGGGUGUGGUUCUGUAGCUGUAAAUAAAAUUUACGAUGGUACAAUAACAUUUCCAGGUGUAUGUAUUGCUUGGGGUUUGAUCGUUAUGGUCAUGGUCUACGCUGUUGGUCACAUUUCUGGAGCACAUUUCAAUCCUGCUGUUACCAUCACUUUUGCCAUCUUUCGCCAAUUUCCCUGGAAACAGGUUCCCAUGUAUAUAGUGGCACAAUUAAUUGGUUCAGUUCUCGCAAGUGGCACCUUAUACGUCGUAUUGGAGGUCAAGGCCGAAGCUUUUUUUGGGACAACACCAACGGGCUCAAAUGUUCAAUCUCUGGUCAUUGAAUUCGUCGUCUCUUUCCUACUAAUGUUCGUCAUUUCUGGUGUUGCCACAGAUAACAGAUCAAUUGGUGAAUUAGCUGGGAUUGCAAUUGGGAUGACAAUACUUAUAAAUGUCAUCGUCGCUGGGUAUUACACAAAUUCUUAAACUCGAUUCUAAUUCAACAGUAUCGUGAUUGAAUGAUUUCGUCCGCAAGAACAUUGUGUUGCUUAGUGCAACUUUCAGUAAUUUUAUUCAUGGGCAGGCCUGUGUCGGGUGCUUCAAUGAAUCCAGCAAGGAGUAUUGGGCCAGCUAUAAUUAUGCACCGGUAUAAAGGACUGUGGAUCUACAUAAUUGGGCCUGUUUUGGGCACCAUAGCUGGCGGUUUCACCUAACAACUUAAUCAGGUUUACAGAUAAACCCCUACAGGAAUUAACAAAAAGUGCAACCUUAACCAAAAGUGCUACCUUCAUCAAAAGCCUUUCUAGAACCCGGAAUUAGUACUAACAUAAGCAGAAUUAAUGCGUCAUUUUGUCAUUGCUUCAAUCAUCUUAGCCCGGUUGCUGAAGGGAAACAGCCAGAGGCUUGCCGGAGAUGAGGGAAUAUUGUGCCGUGUAAAAGACUCUAUCGUCGGAAUAUAUUAUUUUAGAGAAUUACAGUUAUCUCUACAGUCCUUACCGGCUUAUUGCACUGCUUUUAAGCUUGUAGUGAAUGAAUAUAAGAGUUGGUCCUUGUGUAUAUAUGGUGACAAACUGACAAUCAAGUAGAAUUUGAUUGUGUUGGUGUAUAUACUAUGUAUCAACAUCAAGAAUUAAAGAGCAUAUGAAAUCCAAGUGCGGGACUUU